ACUUGUGUCACAGAGGUAGACCUCAUUCGGUUUUAGCAACCGGGAAUGCGAAAACGUGUCUCUAGAUUUCCGUGUCUUCACAGCACUUGAUAUGGGUGCUGGUGGCUUAAACGGAGAGCUGAGAGACAACAGAGAGUACAUUGAGUCGAUCCUGAACUAUCAUUAUAACACAAGUAACCAAAGCGGAGCGAAUAGAGCGAGCGGAUCGUUUCGACCACAACAACAGCCACCAUUUACUUCACCAAAUACCCGUCCGUUCCCCUCAACGACUUCAAAUCUAUCGAAUAGUUAUUCCUAUAACAUUCCGAGUGCCGAAAUGGUUUGUUAUUCUUGUAAUGUGAGUUUUACACUACUUCGACGUAAGCAAACCUGUAAUAACUGUAAAAGAGCUUUCUGCAAAGAGUGCUUCAAAGAAGGAUUAAGUGCAACCGAUCAAUCCUGCCCAAACUGUCUCACAUGUCGAUCCUUGAAUGCUCCUCAAUCACACAAGGAAUUUCUUGUCAAAAUCAAAGUUAAAGAUUUACAAGAAUAUCUUCGAAAGAAAAAUAUAUCAACACAUCAAUGCAAAGAAAAGAGAGAACUAAUAGAGCUGGUACUCAAUUCCUCUCCUGCUGGUACACAAAAUGUGUCUUUUCCACGAAAUACGCAGCGGCAGAGUUACUCUUAUAGUAGUAAUGGCUCUAAUACUCGAAACAGGGCACCAAGUUCUGAUGGCGAGGUAGCACCACCAAAUACAAAGAAGGCCCCUCCAAAAACAAUAGAUGAUAUUACGAGCAUCGAUCAAGUCAGUAGUCUUUCCAUCAGAGAGAUAAAACAAAUCCUAACAGUUAAUUGUGUAGACUUCAAAGGUUGUUGCGAGAAGGAGGAACUUCUACAAAAAGUUAGAAUGUUAUGGAAAUCAAGAAAUGACUCAAAGAAGAUUGGUGAUAAUGAUGAAGACUCUGAAGACAUUUGUAAAGUGUGCAUGGACAGAGCAAUAGAUUGUGUACUGUUAGAAUGUGGGCACAUGGUAACUUGUUUACAGUGUAGUAAACAGGUAGCAGAAUGCCCUAUUUGUAGACAAAACGUAUCUAGGAUUGUCAAGGUUUUCAAAGCUUGAAUAAUUAAUAUCCCUGUGUUAAUGAUGUUACAAGGUUAUUGCCGAGUUUCAUAUCAUGGGAGACCUGGAUCAAAACUGGACAAUCGCAACAACCAUGCCAUCAAUCUCUCCAUUUCCUAAUGAUUUUCUGUUCAUUUAGUCAAAAUCACAUCCAAAAUCUAGCUGCAUUUACUGGUAUCAAGCUCAAUGGUGUUGUACAACUGCAUAUAUAAAAUAAUUCAUAUUUCUCAGCCUAGUCAACAGUUGUCUGGGCCACACAGUCCUCCCACUCGUUAUGAAACCCAGCAAUGUGAGCAGGUGUUGUUUACUCUUUCAUUUUUGUUCCAGUUUUAUGAACAAAUUACAAUAUAUAGUAAAAACAAAGAUAUAUUUCUCAACAUAUCAAUCAACACUUACACAAAUGAAUUAGACUACUUUUUAUCCUGCGUUGCAUAUUUUUUAUGAAAGUAAGAGAAUCGUGCAACAAGAGGGGAAAAUAUAAUGCUUAUAAGAAAAUGGGCGUGAAUAACCUGACCUUUAGGUCAUUAUUAAAGUUGCUCAAGAUGAAUAAACCAAUUACUGCGGCAAUUAUCACUUUUUUGUGUUAUGUCAAUAAAAUUAUCGAUUUUUCAAGUCAUCUAAUCCAGUUUAAGCUCAUAGCGUGCAUGGAAAUUAAAUCAAAAUUAAUUUUAAAAUCAUGAGUAUUUCAAAUUUCCAUAGUGUGGAUAUUAAGGGAAGUCUAGACCUUCUUUCAAUGAAAUUCAGCUGUGAAAAUGUUGUGUAUUAUAGUUGUUAGGUCAAAUUUAUGUAAAAACUUUUGCUUACCAUGUAGUAAUAGUUUAGAAAGAAAAGUACAAUUUAUUUACGAUUUAUAACAUAGCUAGUGUGAAUAUAGCAAAUUAAUUAAAUUUGAAAUGAAAUUUGUGUAACUUACUAUGAAUAUUUGUGUAAAUAAAUGCAAUAAGAUACUCCA